CAAAAUGGUUUGAUUUGGCCCGGAAAAUGGUAUCGAUACAAAUCUAAUGCUAUUGAAUGAAUUGUAGAUGGGUAUUGCUGUGAAUUGCUGGUAUUAGGCAGGUACUAUAAUAGUGGGGUCGCUCCUCCCGCCAUCCCGCCAUCCCGACGCCAGUGCUAUCAUGCACACAUCCACCAGGAUCCUGCCGCUAGUCAUGGUGCUCAUUCUCGCUGUCCUUGCCUUGGAGUGUCGAAGAAGAGCUGACCUGCGCCGUGGCCUUUCGUUUGUAUUCCUGUUGUACUGCAUUAGCGCGGGAGGUUCUCCCCGAUGUAGCACGUACCUCCUUGAUACUGGUAGACAGAUUGUUCCAGUAGAGUGCGAAUGCAGCCGGUUCACGCUGGUGACCAAGUAUUGAGAUAUCUAAAACUUACAGUGGAUUUUUUAUCUAGCGAGCGCAGUUGAAGUUAGUACCAAAUUGAUGCAAUGCGAGGUGCACAUUUGACUCACCUCUAUGUUGGCCGUUUCCUUAGCGUUUCCUUCAAGUUUGUCGGUACUACAUAGCAGCGAUAGCACUGGUGCUGAAUCCACAUUCAGACGGCAGGUGCCACAGAACGUCCGA